AUGGCCGAUGACAUCGAUUUCACCACUGGAGAUGCCGGGGCUUCCACCACUUUCCCCAUGCAGUGCUCUGCUCUGCGCAAGAACGGGUUUGUGGUGCUGAAGGGACGUCCUUGCAAGAUCGUUGAAAUGUCAACUUCCAAAACUGGCAAGCAUGGUCAUGCCAAGGUUCACCUUGUUGGUAUUGAUAUAUUCAGUGGUAAGAAGUAUGAAGAUAUUUGCCCUUCAACCCACAACAUGGAUGUUCCAAAUAUCAAAAGACAAGAUUACCAACUGAUUGGUAUUUGCGACGGCUUCUUAUCCCUUCUUACUGACAGCGGCGACGUCCGUAAUGAUCUGAGGCUGCCAGAGGGUGACCUUGGAAAAGAAAUUGAAACCAGAUAUGAUGGUGGAGAAGAGAUGCUGAUCUCUGUCCUUUGUGCAAUGUCUGACGAAUGUGCUGUAGCCAUCAAGGCCAUGACCAAAUAA